AUGUCCGUGAGAACUAGACAUCCCACAACUGGUGGUAAAUGUGCGAUUUUUUGGGACUUGGACGGGACCGCGAUUCCGCCGGCCGGGAUGUCUAUUGGACAGGCGGUUGAGGCUUUGCGCACUUUUGGUGUCAAACAUGGGGAGCUAUGCGAGUUUAAGGCUUACAUAUCACCAGCUUCAGAAUCCGAGCUCAGCCAGGCAACGAUACGGCUAGCAAGCGAUCUUCAGCAGUAUGGCGUAACUCUCAGCCUCCACAAGCCUGGGAUCUCUGGAGCUGGAGGGCGCAAGGAAUACAUACAAAUCUCAGACAUGAUGGUUUUCGUGUUGGACCAUGGGCCUUUGGCAACAGUUAUCCUAGUGUCCAAUGACCACAGCCUAGGAUACCCAAUAUCGUUGCUGCGGAAUCGGCUAUUUGAAGUGAUAGUCCUUUGUCCUGGUGAAUUUGACCACUACACACCAAUACACAUGCGCAGCCUCGAUGCUGUUUGGGAAGCACGGGACGAUGGGGCGGUGACACCGGUUCCGAGCAGACCAACAUCCUCGUUUGCGGUAGGACGACCGGCCUCCCAGGCGCAGAGGCGACCGAGUUCGCAGCUUCAGCAGCCAUUCCACCAAGCUCAGAUUGAGCGGCCCAUUUCACGAAGCCAGAUUCAAACGGCAGCACAAGUACAGCGCCCGACCUCUCAAGCCCAGGCUCAACAUCCGGCCUCCCAACUCCAGCUUACCCAGCCGCCCCAACCUCAACCUCCACCUCAGCCUCAGCCUCAGCCUCAGGCCCAUGGCCCUAGCCCUCAAGCACAAGUGCAGCCGCCAGCCCCCCGGCCGCAGUCGCAGCGUUCACAUCCUCAAGUAGCCCCGAUAGCUCCUCCAUCAGAGACAGCAGGCACUGUCUCUACCGCUUCAACUACUACUGGGCCGCGUCCACUACCACCAAACGAGCGAAGGCCGCGCAGCCAGGAUAUUCCCGUGGGAGAUCCUGUGCAUUACGCUGAUCCCCAGGUAGAGUCAGUCGUUUCUGGUGCCUCUGGCACUCAGCGUUCAUUCGAUAUCACCCCUGGCGGCGGUAGGCCCCCUAGUUCCUUCGAGCGUGUCAUGAGUGCGCGGGAGACACAGCCAGCCCCCGCUUCGCCCUGGUCUUUUUCUACCUUACCGAGGAUGGCCGCUCAGCCUGCGGCAGUACAUUCGCCCCCUACGACGCUGGCUACUCUGACCACGACUCCAUCUAUGUGGCCACUCCCUGGCGCACCUCUGUAUCCGGUGACCAGUCUGGGAGAUUCGCCUACUGGUGUCCUAUCCCACAUCACCGAUAGUCCACGAGGUUCCUCCGUGUCUGGGGAAGGCUUUCCCGAUCGAGUAGAGUUCCCAUCCUUUGGUUCGGAUCCUGGAAGCGCCGGGCCAUCUUCCCCUCGGACAAUGCGUCCAUCUAUCAUCAACCCAUCCUUGUUUGGUGAUACAACGGCUGAACAACUCCACGCUGACCAGCUUAGCAACCUUUUAGGAGGGCUAAGCAAGAGCAUUUCUAGAGGUGCGCCCUCCGCAACUGCUUCCGAGUUAAGGCUUUCCGCUUUGCUACACCCACCCUCUCGUGGGACCGGCGGCACUAGUACGCCUAGUGACUCCGCACAAACUAUUCGGCCGCUUGAUACCCCUGGAACCUCCAUCAUGUUGCGUCAACCAGCGUUCCAACCCCCUCCACCCCCACCUAGGACCAACCUCCCUGCAUUUAGUACACCUGCCUCUGUUCUCUCACCAUUUAGGAAUUUUCAUGCGCCACCGCCUUCCGCAUCAUCAUUUGUCCCUACAUUGCCUUUAACGUCGACACCCGGUGGAAAUCAUUUUUCCCGACACGGGCCCACUCCUGAGGAUAGGGCCUCCUUUCAGACCCUUAUCCGCGUUCUUGAACGGUUCCGUGCGAUGGGUACCCUAAUGCCCCUCCGCUCUGCGGUGGGUAGUGAGUUGCGCCAACUUGAUCCUAAAGUGUAUGAGAAGGCUGGAGUCAAGACGUUUAAAGAAUAUUCAGCUUUAGCAGAAAAGAAAGGAAUCGUUGAGCUUAUUGGUGGAUCGCCUGGGAAGGAGAAGAUUACUCUUGGUUUCAAGUAA